AAACGGUUGACUUUAUCGGUAAAAUGUCUCGAGUUAACGCAGAAAACGUUAUCAAAAACAUCAUUCGUAACAUAGUGCAAGAGUGUGCGGUGAGAGGACAUGCGGUCUCCGAUACUUUGGUCGCUUUUAUGGUCAAAGCUGUGGUUCUGGACCCUAGAAAUGGCUUUAAUGUAGACCGGACUCUGACCAAACAGGAUGUGGAGAAACUAGAAGAGCUAUGUUUGGAUAAACUGAUGGAGGAGUGCAGUCCAUCCCUCGACACAAUCAAGAUGCAGGUGUAUUUUGAUUUGAAAUACACCUCCAGACGCGAGUUUCUGGAUGAAAUCCACCGUGUGUUGGAGUCAAAGCUGAGCUCAGUGAGCAGAGAGAUCACUGACAGCAGGGUGAAAACACGGGAAGAGUUAGACGCUUUGUACAGUAAAAUCAUCACGUACAUCCUGCUGCGUUCUGGCAUGGGCUCGCCUGCAGACAUCAACACUGUGCACGAGGCUAGAGCUGCCCUGCAGAGCAUUUUCCCUCACACUGAGCUUGGAGCCUUCAUGUAUUUCCUGAAGAGGGACAAAGAGCAGCAGCUCAAUGAGCUCACUAUGAUCGUCACAGGGAUUCGACUUUUCAACAAGGCUAAGAAGAAAGAAGAGGAGGAGACUGACCUUAGUGAACUAAUGCCUGAAGCUCUUAAUGAAGCUCUUCCAGCUGUCAGUACAAACUUGGAAAACGAGCUGAGAGUGUCACAGAGUUUGGCCUGGAAAUACACAGCAGUGCUGGAGAAGCUGACAGACCCAAACAGUCGAUCUGAAGACAGCAACGUUCCCAUCGUGUCACUGAACCAGGCUCUGUACAACAUCAGGCAACAUGAAGGAUUCCUCAGGAUGUUACUGGCUGAUGCUUGUUUAUGUGCCAAAAAUGUCGAGAUCCUACAGAGUGAGCUCUCCUCGAAUAUAAAGCUGCUGAAAGAAACUAUGAAGUCAAAGACAGCUGUGCCCACGAAAGUAGUUUUUCCGUUGUUCAAGACUCUGUCGAAGCUGUGGUCUGGACUUCAGGAGGAGGCCGAGCUGCUGAACAUCCUAAAUAACAUCAGGCUCAACCUGCAGCCUUUCAUCACCUCUCAGGCUAAGAUUUUCUCUGAAGAUUUUUUAAACAAACUGUUAGAGGCUUCAGAGGUGAAGACAGAUGAGCAGAGAACGAUCGAAUCGUCAGGUGAGCGCAUUGAUCCAGGUGAGAUGAAGUCACAUGACUGGCUCCUGCCUGAAACUACAACCAGCUUUAAUGAGCUGUCACUGCAGUAUAACAGAGUCUGUGGAUACACACUGGUGACCAGAGAUGGACUUCUGCUACCAGGAAACCCUCACAUUGGAAUCCUCAAAUAUAAAGAGAAGCUUUAUAUUUUCAGUUCCAAAGAAGCUGCAAUGAAAUUUUCCUCCAGUCCAGACCAGUUCAUUGAAGAGGUGACAGAGAAAGCAAAGAUCUCAGCUGAACUCAUUCAGCUCCUCAAACUGCACCAACAGAUCUCCUGCAUCAGCCCGUACUCUGAGAUGCAGCCAGGUGAUAGUUUAAUGGUGAAGCCAAUCACUAAAUGUGAGAUCAGCACACAGACAGAUCUCCACCCGCUGGAGACAAACAUUGACAAGUCGUACGAGUGGAAUGAGUGGGAGCUACGGAGAAAAGCUCUCAGACUGGCUGACCUCUUCAUCAAAGUUAGCCACUCAACACAGACCGAUCUGAGCCACAUGAGACGAGAAAACAUGACUCAGACGUGGCUGCCGAAGAACUCCGCCUGUCAGACUAAGAGGGAUGGAGAGAGCAGCAUGCCCCAACCUCAGAUCUACCUGGCAGGACUGAGAGGACAGAGAGACGGACAAUUUGUUAAAACAAACCUGACCAGACUGCUGGAUGAGUAAUCAAAAAUAUCUCAAAUAAAAGUCAGUGCAAGCAGUUUUUAUUUUAGUGUUCUUUUCCUGUGAUUCUUGAGGGAAGAGAAGAAAAUCUUACAACAGAAAAAUAAAAGGCCAUACUAUUAAGAAAUGUAU